AAGACAAACAAGGUGUCUGACAGUCUUUACAGUUUCGUUUAACUUCGCCUGGUUUAAAACAUGAAACUACGUGUAUAUAUCGGGUAAGAUUUUGGCCUUAAAGACAUUUCUACGUGGUUUUAUUUAAAUUAUUGAUGCGCCAACCGGAGGUCCAGCACCGAGCACUAACGCUUGUCAAGCCGAAGUUUGAGACUCGAGCCGCCGUUAACGUCAAAGCUCGUCUUCACGGUACAUUUAGGUGAGCCUUUUUUGGGGGAGUUGUCUUGCCUGCGUAUCGUUUGAGGUCAAGAUGAUCGAGGUGGUGGCCUCCAUGGCCCGAGGCCCUGUGUUUCUCGCCGGAGAGCUCAUGGAGUGUCUCAUAACAUUCACCAACCCGAUGUCCCACCUCUCCACCUCUGCCACCAGUGAGAUGCUGGCAUGGGCCAGUGCCCAGAUCCACUGCCAGUUUCAUGCCAGUGAGAGCAGAGUGGCCCUGCCAGCCCAGGGCAACAAACAGGACGUCCAGGCUGAGAGCGACACGGUGCUCAUCCCAAGUAGAGGAGAGCGAGGGCAAUGUGUGCUGGACACACCGCCUAAGAUAUUAUUCUGUGAUCUGCGGCUGGAUCCCGGGGAGAGCAAAACCUAUUCAUACAGUGAGGUCGUACCCAUAGACGGUCCUCCUAGUUUCCGUGGUCAGGCGGUGAAGUAUGUCUACAAACUGACCAUCGGCUGCCAGAGAGUCAACUCUCCCAUCAAACUGCUCAGAGUUCCCUUCAGAGUGCUGGUUCUGCAAGGCAUGCCAGAGCCUCCAUUUCCCCAGGACGAGGAGGUCUCACCCUCCAACCCGUUCCUGGAGGAAGAGGAAGCGAGCCGCAGGGAUGCUCGGCCUUUGGAGAGAGCACUGGACAUGCUGAUGGUCACCACCUCGAGACGCUGCCCACACAUGUUUAAUAUCACCAAUGUGCGUGGGAAAGUGGCAAAGUUCUGCAUCUUCAAGACCGUUUACAGACUCGGGGAGGACAUCAUCGGAACAUUCAACUUCUCGGAGGGAGACAUUCCCUGCUUGCAGUAUUCAGUGAGCCUUCAGAGUGAGGAGGAGAUCCAGCAGCAGUACCAGCGACGACCUGGACAGGCCACCAGUGUGACUGGACACGGACGACACAUGGAGUCCUGCCUCCACACCGCCUCCAGCCACUUCUCUCUCCCCAUCCCGCUCAACGUCACGCCGGGUUUCAGCACAGACACAGUGAUGCUGAGGUGGCGCCUGCACUUUGAAUUCGUCACUGCCCAGGACCCGAUGGAACCGCCCACAGUCCUGCAGAACCAAUCAGAGGUCACAGUUUGGACCGGGGCGGAGCACGUCGACGUGGAUACCUUCAGCUGGGAUCUUCCAAUCAAAGUCCUGCCCACCAACCCGGCCUUGGCGUCCUACAUGUCCCACUUCACAGGGAGCAACAGCAUUAAUAUCUGACUGUCGUAUGUUUGAGAUCAUCGGGAGUUUGUGUUUUGUUUCUGAGGCAGACGUUUGCACGGUCAUUUGUGUGUGUGUGUGUGUGUGUUUGUAUGUGUGAGUGUAAAAGAGGGACGCCUUAUUUUCUUUGCAUAUUAGCACAGUGGUGCACAUUUCAGGAACAGAGUAGCAUUUUUUUGUUCUCAUUCCCAUUGUAUAUGCAGAGCCAGUGACCGAUUCUUGUAUGCAACCUAUGUAUUUCCUUUUUCAUAUGUAUCUUAACUUCAUGUGCAUCUUUCCUUCAUAGACCUCACUGACCUCAUGAAGUGCAACUCUCUCUACGGUUGAUGUGCAUUUCUGUAUUUAAUUUCCUUUUUUUCACUUCACAUUUAAUGAAAUAACAGAUUCUUAAUCAAAAUAUUUUUACUGUUUAACAUUUUUUUUUUCUUUCAGCUGUAAUCGAGAUGUAAAUAAUACUACAUAAUACAGAAAUGAAUUAAAAAGGGUGAUUUAAA